ACAAGGUGAAUUCAAAUUUACCUCAUCUCCUGAGAAAAUCCUGAGGUGCCUGGGUUAAGGGUAAGGUCCUCCAUUGCUUUUACGUCCCCAUGGUACACUAGAUUGUGAUGAGCUGGGACACUUGAAAAACAAUUUUUCAUCUUGGCAUGAAGGGAAAAUUUUAAUAAUAAUAAUAAUAGCAAAAUAAUACUAAUAAGCAUAAAUUCAAACCCCAGAUCUAUGAGAGGACAGACUCAAUGGAUAUGCAUCCUCGACGGGGGUCUUUUUCCCACCAGAGUCAAGUAUUUCUUAUUGUCCCUUUGCUCACAGCGCAUAUCCCUCCCUCCUCCCGUUCUAUCCUCUUCCUUCCUUCUAAAGCCAUCUUUCCUCUAAGUCUGUAGGACAUGUAGGGUCCUGGCUGUAUGUAAAUCUCUCAGCUUCAGAUUUCCACCUUUCUGGGAGGUCUGCUCAUUUGCCGUAGGGUUUGAGAAUUCUUUGUCCUCUGAGCCUAUGGGCCCUUCGGAGUUGUGACAAUGGCAUCAGUAAACACAGCCCUGGGAGGGGUCUUCUUUACAAUGGGCCCCUCUCAGUGCCUGGCAGCCUCCUUGAUAACAGGAAUCUGGGAGGCUUGCUGAACAGGGCACAUUGACUUGAGUACACAACGGCCGAUGACUCUUGAGGGGCCAAAGCACCAAUCACAAGGCAGAGUCAAAGGGAAGUGGUCCUACCCCUGCUCCACCACAGGGAAAAAGCAAACCUCUAGAGUUGUUUGGUGAGACUAAGUGUUUCAAAGAGUGGGUGUAAGUUUGGGGGAAGGCAGGAAUCAAAUGUUAUAUCAGGGACUUGAAAAAGGCCACUUGAUCAGGCUCUGGAGAUAAGAACCGGACACUCCUGGAAACCCAGGCGUGGAGGAGCCACAGACUGAUCUGGUGUCUGCCCUGCUCAGGGUCUCUGCUUCCCUCCUCACUCUCUCAGUGGAUCCUCCCCACGUGCCCAGCCCUGAGUUACACCCUGGAGACAAGGAGGUGAAUCAAAUGCAGCUCCUGCCCUAGAAAAGUAUUAAAAGCACUGGGAGAGUGGGCACAGAUGUUAGCUCUAGCUGGAGGCAAGUCAAGAGGGCCACUUUAAGGACACGAUGCUGGAGGAUUCCUUUGUUCCACAAAUGUUUGAGCAUUGAUUCCGUUUCCAGGCCCUCUUAGAGGUGGGGAAGCAAGAUGCCUGUUCUCAUGAAGUUCCUGUUCUAAAGGAGUGGGAUGGUCAAUAAAUAUGCAACCAAAGAAAUAAGACAAUUUUACAUAGAGAAGAAUUAUAAGCAGGUAACUAAAACAGAGAAUUAUAAUUUUGUGAUAGAAUGGUUAGGGAAAGCCCUUUCUCCAGCAAUAAUAUUUAAGAUGAAAUCUGAAUGACAACAAGCAAUUAUGCAAAGAUGGAGAGAAGUGUCCUAGGCUGGAAGAGCUAGUGCAAAUGCCCAUGUUCAGCUUUGAAUUUGAGUUGUCUACAAACACUUCCUUUCCUUGUGUCUAGCCCUGCGAUGCGCCCAGAGAGGACAGCUGACGAAUGUUCUGAAUGACAAGGGAGGAAUGAGGUGACUCAGUGUUGUAGGUGUUUAACCCCUUCCCUCCUGCUCCUAGUAAAUUAAAUAUGAAUGGAAGGGGGAACUAGGCAGAACAACUGGUACACAGGUGUGCGCAUGUACAUGUGUGUAUGCAUGAGCAUGUGUUUGGUAGGAUGUCUAUGCACGUCCCUUCCAGAGACAAAUAUUUGGAAAGAACUAUCCUCUGGGAUUCUGAUCUAUGAUCUGGGAAUCUGUGAUUCUAGAGGAUCAGAUAGCCGAGCUGUAGAGAGAGAUGCACGGGAGGGAGCAGUGGGAGGAGUCUGGGGUGUUGCAGUAGAGAGCUGCCCAGUGCUAAGCUGGAGACCCCACCAGCAGCCCUGGAGAACUGCCCAGCAUACAGCGGUUCUAAGGAUGGUUGUUUAUUAAUCUGGGGUUGAAGGCCAGUCCAGCACUGUCCCUGGUCACCAGACUAAUUGGGGCUGACAUUGCUGAGGCAUCUGCCAGAGGCCUAGGCUGGAGGACCAGCUUCCCUGCCAUAGCCUCUGUGCUCUGAGGAGGCCCCUAGUAAGUCAUUUCUGAGGACAGAAGAGGAGGCCUUGGCCAAGAGUCUGGCCACUCGGCUUGAUCCUGGUAAGGACCAUGUUCCUGUUUUUGUCACUUCCUGUCCUCCUUCUGUGUGUGGUGACAGCAUCCUGCUCAGAAACAAAAGCCUGUGAGGAUGCCCAGAAGACCUGUUCAGUGGUGACCUGCGGCAUCCCGGUCACCAACGGCACCCCAGGCAGAGAUGGGCGAGAUGGACCCAAGGGAGAAAAGGGAGAGCCAGGGCAAGGGCUCAGAGGCUUGCAGGGCCCUCCAGGGAAAAUGGGGCCUCAAGGAAACAUAGGGAAACCUGGGCUUCCAGGACCAAAGGGCCACAAAGGAGAUCGUGGAGACAGUUCGGUUGCCGAGGCUAAGCUGGCUAACUUAGAGGGACAGAUAAGGAGCCUGAAAUCACAACUGGAUCACAUCAAAAAGUUGCAAAGCUUCUCCUUGGGUAAAAAGUCUGGAAAGAUGCUCUACGUGACCAAUGGUGAAAAGAUGCCUUUUUCCAAAGUGAAGGCUCUGUGCGCUGAGCUUGGGGCCACCGUGGCCACCCCCAAGAAUGCUGAGGAGAACAAAGCCAUCCAGGACAUGGCCCCUGACAUAGCUUUCCUGGCAUCACAGAUGAGUGAGGACACUGCAGCCCAGCAGACGGAUCAAUGGAGGACCACAUCUGUGUCCGAGCAGGCAGUGUCUCAGCUUCCAAGAGAUCCAAUUCCCAUUUUUCCAAGUUGCCACUACCUGGUGCCAAAGUCUCCUUCCCAUGGCUAGCCCAGCCGUGUCUACGACAUGAGUGUUGUUUUUAGUUGUUCAUGAGCUAUACCCUAAACUGUAACACUUGGCCAUGUCCUACACGGGUAACAGUGAAUAGUCCUAGGAAUCCCCUCACUUGCCCAAGUGGCUGUGGCCUCGCUAUAGUCACUAGGGUGAUCUUGAGGACAAAGGGCAGCCUUCCCUUCCCCGCAUACUUUUAGGAGACUGUUUUGAUAUUGUGGCAUACGCCAGUAUCGCGGGAGGAAGCAAAUGGUCAGGCAGGCUGGGUCCUUCCUUACGGGCAUCAUCAGUCUUAAUGCCUCCAUGUUCAACAUCCCCUUUCUUCUGUGACAUCCUCAUCCCAUUAUAGGUCAAUGGGUCCAUUAUUCAUAGAGACAAGAGGGAAAAUCUCCCUAAAGGUGCAUUUCACACACUGGGGGGCAAAUUAUGCAGCACCAUCCAGUGAGCAAAUAAAACCUCCCUCUGAGCAGAGUUCUGACACCAUCUUGGCCCACAAUCAAGCUCAUGACCGUGGAUGUUCUUGAGCAA